GUCCGUAUGGCCAAAUUUCCCUAAUGCUCGGCGAUGUCAUCGGUACGGAGCAAGCGAUUCGCAAGUUUCUCACGCUGGACCCCUCGAACACGGCACUGCGGGAGGAGAUUGCCAGCCUGAAGCAGCUGCGCGAUCUGAACGAGAAAGCGACCGCCUGCUACGAUAAGAAGGACUAUCGCACCUGUCUGUAUCAUUGCGAUAACGCAAUCAAGAUUGCACCGGGCAGCAUACAGAACAAGCUGCUGAAGGCGGAGUGUCUCGCGAUGCUGGAACGCUUCGAGGAGGCGUGCAACAUUGCGAUCUCGAUCAUGCAGACGCACAGCACGAACGCGGACGCGAUCUACGUGCGCGGGCUGACGCUGUACUACAGCGACAACCUGGAGAAGGGGCUGCUACACUUCGAGCGUGCGCUGAUGCGACCCGACCACAAGAAGGCGAAGGCGAUGAGGCAGAAAGCGAAGCAGCUGAAGGAAAAGAAGGAAUCGGGCAACGAGCUGUGGAAGUCGGGCAAGUACCGGGACGCGCUGGCAACGUACACGGAGGCGCUCGAGCUCGAUCCCCAGAACAAGGACAUCAACAGCAAGCUGUACUACAACCGGGCGCUGGUGAACUCGAAGCUCGGCAACCUGCGCGAAGCGAUUGCGGACUGUUCCAGUGCGCUGGCGCUGAACGAGAAGUACAUGAAGGCGCUGCUGCAGCGUGCCAAGCUGUACUACAACAUGGAAAACUACGAGGAAGCGGUGAAGGAUUACGAAAAGGCGCUCAAGUCGGACCGUUCGCCGGAGGUGAAGAAUUUGCUGCGCGACGCCAAGUUCCAGCUGAAGAAGUCGAAGCGCAAGGACUACUACAAAAUACUGGGCGUCACGAAGCAGGCGUCCGAGGAUGAGAUUAAGAAGGCGUACCGCAAGCGGGCGCUCGUGCACCAUCCCGACCGGCACGCGAACGCGACGGACGAGGAGAAGAAGGAGCAGGAGCGCAAGUUUAAGGAGCUGGGCGAAGCGUACACGAUACUGUCCGAUCCGGUGAAGAAAUCGCGCUACGACAGUGGCCAAGAUCUGGAGGAGAUGAACCACAGCGCCGACAUUGAUCCGCAGCAAAUCUAUCGACAGUUCUUCUUCCCGUCCGACUACGGGUUCGGCGGCUUCCAGGGCGGUGGCGGUGGCAACAGUUCCAACUUUCGUUCCAUUUCGGUUAAUUACAUACCGUGACGCUGCUGCUGCUGCUUGCUAGCUCUCGUGCGCAUGAUUUAUGUGAAAGAAGGUGAGGUGUGUGAGUGCAGCAGAUACUUAGAUGUUUAAGCGCAUAUUGUAAUCAACCGUGAAGAAACGACACAAGUACUACUACCCAUACUGUCUGUGGUCUGUGCCCCUUCCCCAUCUCUCCCCGUCCGUAUUCCGUUGUAAGGUAUGCGGAACGCACAAGGCAGAGAAGGACAAGGACGCGUGCCGCUGUUUGGCGUAGCGUUUGUGUUUUGCGACACUUUUGCUUGCACAGGGGUGUACUCUUUAGAAUGGAGGGCAAAAAAGAGAGAAAGAGAAAGAGAGCGAACGGUGGUGAGUGAGCACACUUCCUUCUUCGUUAAGGUAAAAAAACACAUAGCAAAACAAAA